GCUAUAUAUAAGCAGUAUGUAGCUUCGAUUAGGUUGUAGACCGUCAAAAUGGCCAAAGGAAUGCUGAGUUUGACGGUGGCGCUGCUGUUGUCGGCGAUGUGCGCUGUGGAGGGGCAGAGCGCCGCGAGCGGGGCGGCGGCGGCAGGGGGCGGGGGCUUUGGAGGACCAGCCUCGGCGGCGGCAGCGGCAGCGUCCGGAGGCGGAUAUGGCGGACCCGGAUAUGGCGGAGGCGGAUAUGGCGGAGGCGGAUAUGGCGGAGGCGGAUACGGCGGAGGCGGAUAUCUGCCAAACGGAUAUGGUCCUCAGUAUGUUUAUAAUCCGUAUCCUAACACGUUCCUCCCUCGCCGGACUACUUCCAGCUACGUUUUUGCACCGACCGAUUCUAAAAAAAGGAACGGACUCGGCUUCAUCAGUGACAUCCUGAACCACGCGAUCAAACUCAACGCCCUUAACAACAGCAAUGGCGCUCCCAACCCCGCAAAUAAGUACAGCUAGUGGCUAGUACUUAAUAUUGUAACCAGGGCCUACUACGAAACCGUUUUAAGACUCAAUGACGACCUCUGUGGCUCAGUG